AUGGAGCUGUUCACUUCUGAGGGUGGUGACACAGAACCAGUAUUAAGAUAUGUACAGAAGCGGGUUACGGUGAGGCAGAAUGAGAAACUGAUGACUGAUUUUUCUGCAGAGGAGGUCAGAGAAGCAAUUUUUUCUAUGCAUCCGGAUAAGGCACCAGGGCCUGAUGGUUUAAAUCCUGGUUUUUUCCAAGCCUAUUGGGAGAUUGUAGGUGAAGAUGUUACAAAGGCUUGCCUAAAAUGUCUUAAUGAAGGGAAUUCUUUGCCUGGAAAAAACGUGACGAACGUGGUGCUUAUUCCCAAAAAGAAAACUCCAGAAGUGGUGGCUGAUUUGCGCCCAAUCUCGUUAAGUAAUGUGGUGGAUCGAAUAGUAUGUAAAGCCUUGGCAAAUAGACUUAAAUCUAUAUUAGCUGAUGUGGUUUCUGAUUCACAAAGUGCUUUCAUACCAAAUCGGUUAAUCACGGACAGCAUUAUAGUGGCUUAUGAAUUGUUUCACACUAUGAAGCGGAAGACCCAAGGGCUUACGGGUUUUUUAUCUCUCAAAACAGACAUGUCCAAAGCUUACGAUAGAAUUGAAUGGGGUUACUUGAAGCAAAUAAUGUUGGGGCUUGGUUUUUGCGAAUUGUGGGUGGAAAAAAUUAUGAGAAUUGUAACUUCAGUUUCAUAUAUAUUUGUUCGAGGGGCAGAGGAGUAUGGUCCGUUAUUUCCACAUAGAGGGUUGCGACAAGGGGAUCCUCUGUCACCCUACUUAUUCAUUCUAUGUGCUGAUGGUUUAUCUCAAAUGCUGUCUAAAAUGCAGGCUCAAGGGAAGAUUCAUGGGGCUCCAGUUUGUCGAAAUGCUCCACCAAUUUCUCAUAUUUUUUUCGCUGAUGAUGCCCUUUUUUUCACUAAAGCUACUGAAGGAGAGGCGGUACAUUUAAAGGAAAGCUUGUUGGCAUAUGAAAUUGCAUCUGGUCAGAAGAUAAAUCUGUCCAAGUCAUCAGUAAUGUUCACUCCUUGUACACCACAACCGAAACGAGACGUUUGUUGUCAUAUUUUUGGAGUGCAGGCUGUAGAUAAUCACGGCAGCUAUUUGGGGAUGCCCUCAAUUAUUGGUAAGGAUAAAAAACAAAUUUUUCAGUUUGUGGUGGAAAAAUUGACGAAGAGGAUUCAGGGCUGGAAAGCAAAAAUUUUGUCCAAAGCGGGGAAAGACGUUCUUUUGAGAACAGUAGCACAAGCAAUGCCGAAUUACAUCAUGUCAUUAUUUCUACUUCCUAUUGAUGUUUGUAAGGAGUUAGAGAUGGUGAUGAAUUCCUUUUUUUGGAACAAUGGCAAGUCAAGCUCCAUUCACUGGCUACGAUGGAAAAGAAUGGUGGUGCCCCAAGCCAAUGGAGGUCUCGGAUACAGGGACCUACGGCUGUUUAACUUGGCCCUUCUCGCCAAACAAGGCUGGCGGAUUUUACGUCAUCCAGAUUCUUUGAUGGCUAAGAUUUUGAAACAACGGUAUUUCCCUGAUACUGAUUUUUUCUCAGCUGAAGUAGGUGGAAAUCCAAGCCAGAUUUGGAGAAGUAUAUGUGCAAGUCGUUCAAUUUUAAUGGCAGGUUGUAGAAGAAGAAUCGGUGAUGAUUUAAUUCAGGGUGGAAGAUGGAAUUCUCAAUUCAUUUUGAGUAAUUUUCAAGCUAGAGAUGUGGAGCUCAUACAACAAAUUCCUUUAUCCAUGCGCCAACAAUCAGACAUGUGGUAUUGGAAUCAGAACAGGCUUGGGGUUUACAAGGUGAAAGAAGGAUAUAGACUUGCUAUAGAUGAAGCGGACCAUCAGUUUUAUUUGAAUGAUGAUAUGUGGGAACGAAUUUGGAAGGUGAAGGUACCAGCAAAAGUCAAUUUUUUUAUAUGGAGAGUACUUCGUGGGUGCUUACCUUGUAAUUUUAAUUUGAGGAAGCGUAAGGUUGAAGUACAGGAUGCUUGCAUUGUUUGUGGCUUAUUCCAGGAAACCGAGUUACACCUGCUUCAUGAUUGUACACAUACCCAGAAAGAAGAAUUAUUUAUGUUGUCUUGGAGUCUAUGGCACAGCAGGAAUCAAUUAUUAUGGCAGCAGAAGCAUGAAGAUUCUUUGGUGGUUCUUCAUAGAGCCCGGUCAACUUUACAACAAUGGCAGAAUGCUCAACUAAAGCCGAAGGAGAAUGUAGUGGCAUUGGCGCGUAAUAGACAAUGGAUAGCACCAGAAAUUGGAAAGUUCAAAUGCAAUAUUGACAUAGCUAUUUUGACAAACAGCAGGUUCGGGUUGGGUUUUAUUCUGCGUAAUCAUCAGGGGUUAUGUGAGGCUGGAAAGAUUGAAGCUAUUUAUGGGAAUGCUGACCCAACGAUAGGAGAGGCGUUAUGUUUCAGAGAAGCACUAAGUUGGUUGAAAACAUUGCCAUAUCAUCAUGUUACUGUGGAGACGGAUUGCCAGGUAGUAACGAAAGCCUUGAUAUCUCAAGAUAAUGAGGUUUUAUCUUAUUUUCAGAGUAUUAUCGUUGAUUGUAAAGCUCUAUUAAAUGAGCUACCGAAUGUGAGUUUUCGUUUUGUCUAUAGAUCAGCGAAUCAUGUUGCCCAUUGUUGUGCAAGAGCGGCUGGUUCCAUGUCUGGUCUUUCUUGGGGGGUAUGCCCUCCUAAUUUUCUGUAUGAGGCUUUGAUGAUGGAUUUUAAUAAUAUGCGCUAA